AUGGCAGCAGGCGACGCUGCGGCGCUGGCCGGAGCGUUCGGACUAAUGAACCUCUUCGCACGAUCUCUGGGUGGAAUUACCAGCGACCUGAUGUACCGGAACUUCGCAUUCCGUGGACGGAUCUGGGCACAGUUCCUGGCGCUGUUCUUCGAGGCCAUCUUCCUCUUUGCGUUCGGAAACGUUGACAACAGUCAGCCUUGGUACGUGGCUUUGGCUGUGCUGGUGUGUUUUUCCUUGUUCGUGCAGAUGGCAGAGGGGACAUCGUACGGCAUCGUGCCCUUCAUGAAUCGCAAGCAGCUUGCAGUCGUCUCGGCGCUGGUAGGAGCCGGUGGAAACCUGGGUGCCGUGAUUGCCGGGUUCUGCUUCUACAAGCCUAUCACUGACGCCCUGGCACCAUUCCAAGUGCAUGCGGGGUAUGUGAUGUUUUGGGCUCUCCUCAGCCCCUGCUACUACUGGUCCGAGUACGGGGGCAUGUUCUGGGGGCCCGCCGAGACCGCACCGGAGAAGAGCAAGGUCCAGAUGGGCGAUUCGGAGAUGUCUACCGAAGCCCCAAGCGAGGUUGCAAGGUGCUAA